AUGCAUUGUGUUUUAGAAGCCACAGCCAAGGUGUUUGGCUACCGCUCAGCCCGCAACAAGAUGGCCACUUCUCUCGCGCGCGCAGUCAUCUCCCUUCUCGUCCUCUUGCAGAUCAACAAUGUCUGGUCCGCUCCUCUGGAGGGGUCCCUAGGCUCUAGGCAUGGAAACCCCAAGAGCCAUUGGGUGGAUAUCUGGGCUACAAUGCCGCAACUAGUCGAGCCCUACAACCUGCCUCCGACACCAUUCAACUCCACAGACGCCGUCAUGAGCAACGCGACCAUCCGCCAAACCCUCCGUGUCACCCUCAACGCAGACAAGAUCCGCCUGCGUGUCUCAAACGCCUUCGGAGUCAACGAUUUGACUGUCACCAGCGUCGCCAUCGGGCUCCCCGCGGACCAGAAGCUGGGAACCAGCGUCCUGCAGCAAGGCUCAAGCAAGAAGGUUACUUUCAGCGGGAACCAGAAAAUCGUCAUCCCGAACGGGGCGCUGGCGGUCUCUGAUCCCAUCGAUCUCCCGGUCAAGGCGCAGUCGACUCUGCUGGUUGAUAUCUACCUUGCGCAGGGUCAGAGGGGGAAUUGGAUCACGGGGCAUCCGGGGAGCCGGACGACGUCCUGGCUGUCGUUUGGGGAUUGGGUGGGCGCGAGUAACUUCACGGACUCGUCGGCACUGAGUACCGAUCACUGGUACUUCAUCAGCGCCAUCGAAGCCCCCUUACCACCAUCGACUUCCAGCUUCGCUAUUGUCGGAGAUAGUAUCACCGACGGACGGGGCAGCGACACUAACAAGAACAACCGCUGGCCCGAUCGCCUCAACCUGCGAAUGCAAAAACACCGACCCACCUCUUCCAUCGCCCUUCUCAACCAGGCCGCCGGUGGCAACCGCAUCCUCGCCGACGGCUUGGGGCCCAACACCCUUAGCCGCAUCGAUCGCGACGUCCUCGCGCACUCCGGCGUGCGCUACGCCAUGAUCUUCGAAGGCGUUAACGACAUCGGCGUCGCGGCGGACGAAGCUGCCGCCCAAAAAGACAUCGGGGACCGGUUGCUGGUCGCAUACGCGCAGAUCGCCACCCGCGUGCAGGCGGCGGGCAUCCCCAUCUUCGGCGCGACGGUCACGCCCUUCGGGUCGCCGGCUAGCUCGAACUACACGCAGCCGUACUCGGGUGUCGAGCGGGAGAAGACGCGGCAGCGCGUGAAUGAGUGGAUUCGCUCGAGUGGGGUGUUUGAUGCGGUGUUGGACUUUGAUAAGGCGCUGAGAGAUCCUCGGGCGCCGGAUCAGUUGGCAGAGAGGUUUGAUUCGGGGGAUCAUUUGCAUCCGAAUGUGAAGGGAUAUCAGGCACUGGCGGAUUAUUUUCCUUUGAACGUGUUUGAUGUGUAG